UCCUCUUCGUCGGCGGCUGCAGGAGGCUCUUUGGAGACGCUCCCUUAGCCCAGUACAUUAGCUGCCUGUGUUCUCCCUGCAACCCCCACAACCAGGCUAGGCUGAGACUGCAGCGCCGGAAAGUGUUGUGCCCUGACAAGUUGGGGGAGGGGGGCACAAGUGCAGACUUUGGAAGAAAUAAUCUUAUUUUUACAGGAGGAGGAGGAGGAGAAGAAGGAAGGCUCGGUGUGUGUGUGCCCGACCAGGAGGGCAGGGACACGGGGAGAUGCGCUGCACAAACUUCCCAUUGUGUCAUCAGUGCCAGGGCUGCCGGGGACGGGCACCGGAGGGCAUGACAUGCUGGGGGGCACUGUGACCUGGCCAGCUCCCUAAGAUGACGAGGAUCCAUGGCGAAUGGGAGUGCAAAUAGCAUGCUGAAAUGCGUGGUGGUGGGCGACGGGGCGGUGGGCAAAACUUGCCUGCUCAUGAGCUAUGCCAACGAUGCCUUCCCGGAGGAAUACGUGCCCACUGUGUUCGACCACUAUGCUGUCAGCGUUACCGUCGGUGGUAGACAAUAUCUCCUUGGACUCUAUGACACUGCAGGACAAGAAGAUUACGAUCGCUUGAGACCAUUGUCUUAUCCCAUGACCGAUGUUUUUCUCAUCUGCUUCUCUGUGGUAAAUCCAGCAUCAUUUCAGAAUGUCAAGGAGGAGUGGGUGCCGGAACUGAAGGAAUAUGCACCAAAUGUGCCAUUUUUACUAGUGGGCACACAGAUCGACCUAAGAGAUGAUCCCAAGACUUUAGCAAAGCUAAAUGAUGUGAAGGAAAAACCCAUUCAUGUUGAGCAGGGGUACAAGCUGGCAAAAGAGAUCGGGGCGUGCUGCUACGUUGAGUGCUCAGCUUUGACGCAGAAGGGACUGAAAGCGGUCUUUGACGAGUCCAUUAUUGCUAUUUUAACUCCAAAGAAGAACCCCAUGAAGAAAAGAAUAGGCUCGAGAUGCAUAAACUGCUGUCUGAUCACGUGAGCCGCGCGCGCCGCUCCUACGGUACGAGUCCCAUGCACACCACAGUCGUACCACGGCUGCACAUAAGACUUUUAUUGACCUGCUUUACAGACACGUUGCUGGUGGCAGCAUCACAUCGGGGACAUGAUAGCUCAAACCUUCAGAAGGAAAGGUGUUGGUUCUCAGGGUCUAAUUUAUAGCGGCACUAUGUGUGCAGUGUGUGGUGACUGCGCUUGUUCUGGUCCGCAUCUUAAGUCCCAUUGCACAAAACAGAAGAUCCGGUCUUGCGCCCCGCUCUUACUAUCUGCUUUUGUAUGUGAGCCGUUUCCUGUUCCAGUAAAUCCAGAAGGGAGCCAGUAGAAGACCAACGACGUAUCCGAACGUAGCACCUAGUGAGCAGGAGACUGGCCAUACCUGCAGAAGGAAAUAAUAAAGCUUUAAUAGCACAAAGGUAGGAGCACAAAGGAAACCAGUGUCCCGGAUAUAUACAUCACGUAUCUACUGGUUACUGAUUUAAUAAAGUGUAAAGAAACAUUAAAGGGGUAAUCCAUUGCUCAGCAUUUGGAACAAACUGUUCCGAACACAGGAGCCGGGAGCUCGUGAUGUCAUAGCCCCGCCCCUCAUUACAUCACACCCCACCCCCUCAAUGCAAGUCUAUGGGAAGGGGCGUGACGGCAUGAGGGGACGGGGCUAUGACGUCACGAACUCACAGCGCCGGCUCCAGCGUUUGGAGCAAACUGUUCCGAACACUGGAGCCUGGAGCUUGUGACGUCAUAGCCCAGCCCCCUCAUGACAUCACACCCCGCCCCCUCAAUGCAAGUCUAUGGGAGGGAGCGUGACAGCCGUCACGCUCCCUCCCAUAGACUUGCAUUGAGGGGGUGGGGCUAUGGCGUCACGAACUCCUGGCGCCGGCUCCAGCGUUUGAAACAGUUUGCUCCAAACGCUGAGCAGCGGAGUACCCCUUUCAUUUCCUACUUUAGUCUCACCAGGACGGGUCCUAAUAUGUCAAACCCUCUUAGGGUAUGUUCAGACGCUGGAAUUUCCGUCCGGAACGCCGCUUGAAACUCUGCCCGGAGAUUCCGCUGCAGCAGAGUCGCGUUGUAUUCAACAGGAUUCUGCUGCACUGUGCACACGGCAGAAUUUCCGUGCCCGAUGUUUCAGUGUCAGAAAUUCCAAACCUGCUCAUUGUUUCUGUGGACUCCGCACGGAAUGCAUUGCCGUCUAUGACAUCAGUGAUAUAUAUAAUAAAUAUUAUGCCGGC